AUGGUCGCAUCGGAGGGAGCAAACGCGUCACCUAGCGCGGUGCCGCUGGGAUCGCAGGAACAGCAGGCUUUAUUCGUCCAGAAGCGGCAAGCGCUGCUCGACCUAGUCGACUACGCUGGUCGCGGACAAGUGAAAUUCAACGAGGCGCUUCUUAAAGCCUUCGCACCCAUGCUAAAGAUUAAUCUGGAAGUCGACCCGUGGCCGCGCCUGGAACUAAUCUACCUGUGCCUGCUUCAGUAUGUCGCGACGCGUUACUACAUCGACCAGCAGUUCAUCUUAAAGCUGCUGAACCUGUUCGACGCGGAGGACCCUCGCGAGCGGGACUAUUUGAAGACUAUUCUGCACCAAACUUACAAGAGGUUCACGUUUCACCGGCCGUUCAUCCGUGAAGCAAUUGGCAACACUAUCUACCAGUUUAUCGAGUCUGAACGGCAUAACGGCAUUGCGGAGCUGCUGGAGGUUCUAGGGGGUAUGAUUAACAAAUUUGUGCCGCCGCUUAAGGAGAAACAUAAGCAGUUUUUAGACCGAGUGCUGGUUCCGCUGCACAAGCCUGAGUGCGUGGCGAUGUACCACCAUCAGCUGUCGUACUGCAUCACUCAGUUUGUCGAAAAAGACCCGAAGCUCGCGGAUUUGGUGCUGCGCGGGUUGCUUAAGUUCUGGCCCUUAAUUAACAGCCAGAAUGAGCUGCUUUUCCUGGAGGAGUUGGAGAAGAUUUUGGAGCUCACGCAGGCGCCCGAGUUUGAGAUGGUCAUCACUCCGCUGUUCCAGCAGAUCGCGCGCUGUCUCAGCUCCUCGGACUUCGAGGUGGUGGAGCGCACACUGCGCCUGUGGGACAACGACUACAUCGUGGCGCUCGUGGUGCAGAACCGCGCCACUAUCCUGCCGCUCAUCUUUGCAGCGCUCGAGCGCAACGCCAGAAGAUGCGAGGAGGAGAUCCUGGCGGUGAACGGGCUGACCAUCAACGUGCGCAAGAUGUUUCUGGAGAUGGACCAGCCGCUCUACGACGAGUGCCAGCGCCAGUUGCUGGAGGAGGAGGGCCGCGCUGCUGACGUGGAGGAGGUACGCGCCGUCACGUGGCAACGCCUGGAAGAAGCAGCCGACAGCAACACACACAGCCAAGGUACCACGAGAGGGAGGCUCAGUUUUGGCAUGGUGAUGCUGGUGGUUGUCACGGGGCGUAAGGCUGUGCUGGUGAUAGAGGGCAAGCGCGUCAACAUCAAGCAAUGGGUGACCCCUCUGGUGGACUCAGGAGCAGUGGCAGAAUUCAAGGACCCUCACCUGGAAGCACCGGAUGGCAAUGCAGCAGCAGCUGCGGCAAUUGCCGCUCGGGGGGGAGCGGACGCAGGAAAGGCGGAAUGCUCGCAUCCUUCUCCAGGCGGCACGAAUCCAACGGCUCCCGCUCGUCGCAACCCGAACGAAGAGAUUGCGCAGGCGACCUUGCCGCCUUUCGCGGAGCCGCUGCCGUUGUUAAAAGACGUGGGUGCGCAGGAGCAGCAGGCUCUAUUCAUCCGGAAGCUUCGCCUCUGCAGUUACCUCUUCGAUUUUAACGACCCAAUGAAAAACGUGAAGGAGAAGGAGAUUAAGCGGCAAACGCUCCUGGAACUAGUCGGCUACACUGAAUCCAGUAAGGCAUUGAAAGAAAUCAGGCGUAUGCUGGAGAUUAAUCUCUUCCGGCCGUUAACGCGGUCCGCACACGGCGAGAUGCCUAGGCCGACUAUGGAAGCCGCGUGGCCGCACCUGGAAUUAGUCUACGAGUUCCUGCUUAGGUAUGUCGUCUCUGAAGACACUUACCAGUCGCAUUGCAUCGACCAGAAUUUCAUCUUAAAGCUGCUGAACCUGUUCGACUCGGAGGACCCUCGCGAGCGGGAGUGCGUGGAGACAAGUCUGAACCGGAUUUACGAUAUGUUUAAUGUUCACCGGCCGUUCAUCCGCGAAGCGAUUGGCAGCAUUGUUCACCAAUGGAAGUCGGAGCGGCGUAACAGCAUCACAGAGAUUUUCAGGUUCGCUAUAGUAAAAGGAUUUGAGCUGCCGCUUGGGGAGAAGGAUAAGGAGUUCCUAGGCCGGGCGCUGUUUCUGUUGCACAAGCCGAGGUGCCUGCCUAUGUACCACCACCAGCUGCCGUGGUACUGCAUCAUUCAGUUUGUAGAAAAAGACCCGGAGCUCGCGGAACCAGUGCUGCGCGGGUUGCUUAAGUUCUGGCCCUUAACUGACAGCCAGAAGGAGGUGCUGUUUCUGGAGGAGUUGGAGGAGGUUUUGAAGGAGACUCAGUUGCCGGAGUUUGAGAUGGUCAUGACGCCGCUGUUCCAGCAGAUCGCACGCUGCCUCAGCUCCUCGGACUUCCAGGUGGUAGAGCGCACGCUGCGCCUGUGGAACCAUCACUACAUCAAGGCUCUCGUGGCUCGGAAUCACACCACCAUCAUGCCCCUCAUCUUCGCUGCCAUCAUGCGCAACAUCAAUCGCAAGUGGAAGCACCAGGACAGCAAGGCGGUGAACAGCUUGGCCACCAAAGUGCACGAUACGUUUCUCGAGAGGAGAGCGGACGAAGUGCUCUACAACGACUGCAUGCGCCUGUUCCUCGAAGAAGGGGCAAAUGAGGGCGGUGGAGGAGCGGUCGCGAGUGGAGAAGGACGAGCUCAGGCGGGAGAUGACAGAGCAGCAGCAGCGCAUGCAGAAAGAGCUGGAGGGCAUAGCGCACCGCGACGCCUUCCUGCAGCAGCUGCAGGAGGAGGCCGCGCUCUCCGCCUCCGCGCUCAAACAGGCCGCCAGG